AUGCAAAGGUAUCAUGCUGCCAGCUGCAAUAGUGCAGUUAAUAACGGUUCAAUUGGUGGGAUACCUGCAAGGGAUACAUCCCGAGCUGAGUCAUCUGCUGUUCCGCCACCACCCAACUUCUCUCUAAACUCGAGGCGGUCAUCACAACUGACAACAUACAAGUUGAGGUGUGAUAGAGAAUCAUUGAAUUCCCGACUUGGGCCACCUGACUUUCACCCACAGACUUCAACUAGUUUCGAAGAGACAUUUAGCAGGGAAUAUGUGCAAUCUGGUUACAGGGAGACGGUUGAAGGGCUUGAGGAAGCUAGAGAGAUUUCAUUAUCGCAAGUUCAGGCUUUCACAAAACCUGUCAUUGUCAAUUGCAAAGAGGCAAUUAAAAAACGUCAUAGAGCCAUCAACGAGUCUCGUGCUCAAAAGCGCAAGGCUGGUCAAGUUUAUGGAGUUCCCCUUUCUGAUACACUGUUAACCAAGCCUGGUAUCUUCCCUGAACAAAGACCUUGUGGGGAAGACUCCAGAAAGAAAUGGCUUGAGGGUUUAUCACAACAACAUAAAAGAUUACGUUCAUUGGCCGACCAUGCUCCACAUGGUUACCGGAGGAAAUCUCUUUUCGAGGUUCUAAUCAGAAACAAUGUUCCAUUAUUGAGAGCAGCCUGGUUUAUCAAAGUAACCUAUCUUAAUCAGGUUCGCCCAGGCUAUUCCAGCUCAUCGUCAGGGGUGCACGACAAAACUCAGUUUUCGAGGUCAGAGCUGUGCACAAAAGAUAUUAUUGAUUACUUGCAGUAUCUCUUGGAUGAAUUUGUUACAAGAAACAAUUCUCGUUCAAGUUUUCAUCCUCAUGACCGGUCAUCACAAAUGGUUUAUGCUGGUUCAAUGCUGCAAAAAGGUGAUCAAUUUUCAGCUGUCAAUGAUGGAAAGGAGCCUUCUCUGUACUUCAAGUGGUGGUAUGUGGUGCGGAUUAUUCAGUGGCAACAUGCUGAAGGAUUGCUUACUCCUUCUCUCAUUAUUGAUUGGUUUCUUAAUCAACUGCAGGAAAAAGAAUUGCUCAGUGUUCUGCAGUUGCUAUUGCCCAUCAUAUAUGGUUUUAUAGAAACUGUUGUAUUAUCUCAGACCUAUGUGCGUACUCUGGUGGGAAUAGCUGUUCGUUUCAUCAGAGAACCUUCUCCUGGUGGUUCUGAUCUUGUUGAUAAUUCUCGCCGGGCUUAUACCACUACUGCUCUUGUUGAGAUGCUUCAAUAUUUAAUUCAGGCCGUACCUGAUACUUUUGUUGCUUUAGAUUGUUUUCCUCUGCCAACAUGUGUGGUGACUAAUGUGGUAAAUGAUGGGAGUUCUUUUUCCAAAAUAUCUGAGGAUGUAAGGAAGAAGGAGGGUGGUCCAUUAGAAGUUACUGGUAUGCUUAGAGAUAAAGUACAUGAAAUUCAAAUUGAGUCAUUAGCCAUUGAUCGUGCUGUUUCAUCGAUCCAAAAGCGAGCUGAGACUCUUGCAAGAGCAGCCAAACCUGAUCAUCCUGGUCAUAAUGUAGCUAAAGCCUCUCAGGUAUUGGAUAAAGUUCUUGUGCAUGGAGAUAUUAGAGUUGCUUACCAAUUACUCUAUGAAUACCUUUGGGAUGGAUCUGUUGCUGAAUGUUGGAUUGCUGAAGUGAGCCCUGGUUUGCGUUCAUCUCUUAAGCAUAUUGGCAGAGUGACUGCAUCAUUAAUUUGCUCCACUUUUUUCAUUUGUGAGUGGGCAGCUUGUGAUUUUAGAGAUUUCCGUACUGUGCGUCCGCAUGGCAUGCAGUUUACUGGUAGAAAAGACUUUUCUCAGAUAUACAUAGCAAUACGGCUUUUAAAACAGAAGAUGAGCGAUAUGCAAAAUUUGAGUAGUUUGGAAGGGGAACAGAAAGAUUCUUCAGAUACUUAUGAAAGCCCAAGCCCGUUGCAUGAUAUUAUUGUGUGCUGGAUUGAUCAACAUGAAGUGCAUAAUGGAGAAGGUUUCAAGCGCCUUCAGCUUCUAGUGAGAGAAUUUGUACGAGUUGGCAUUUUUCAUCCCCAGGUGUAUGUGAGACAGCUGAUAGUUAGUGGGCUCAUGGAUGGGCAUGGGUCUAUGGUUGACCUGGAGAAGUGGAAGAGGCAUCACAGAAUCUUGAAGCAGUUUCCUGGUCCAUACAUUUUCGAUCUUAUGGAAGAAGCACAAAUUAUUGAACCAUCAGCAGUUACAGAGGUGAUGAAUGUUUACUCAAAUGAACGUCGGCUAGUGCUUCGUGGUCUCCUGGAUCCCAGAAGUUCUGGUAGAAAAAUUUCAAAUCAGAAAUUAAAGCGUCCUCUCCGUUCUGGAGGUGGAAGUUUGGAUCAGUGGUCUUUUCAUUCAACGUCCAAUUUAAUGUCCAAACAUGUUGAUGCUGAUAGUGAGAUUGAGGAACUAAAGGCUUCAAUAACUGUCCUGCUGCAAUUUCCAAGUUAUAUACUGCCAGUGGAUACUGGACUUGAUGAGUCACAAGGGAGUGCUAAGAUGUCUAGUGGGGCUAAUAACUGGGCAGAUAUAAGUGAAGAAACACCUGGAUGUGAAGAAUGCAGAAGAGUGAAGAGACAAAGAUUAAGUGAAGAACGGAGCUUAGACCCGAAGCUAAUUCCAGUAGAUGAAGAAGAAACAUGGUGGGUAAGAAAGGGGAUGAAAUACAUGGAAUCUUUUAAGGGAGAUCCACCUCCUAAGCCAGCCAAGCAGGGGAUAAGGGGUAGGCAAAAAACUGUACAAAAGACUCAAAGCCUUGCACAAUUAGCUGCUGCCAGGAUUGAGGGUAGCCAGGGAGCAUCGACAAGCCAUGUAUGUGAAAGUAGGAUAGGCUGCCCACAUCAUAGGACUGGGUUCGAAGAUGCUACUAAAUCAGUGGAUGGGAUCAGAACUUCACAUUCUGUAAAUAUUAUUUCAAUUGGAAAACUUAUAAAGCAGAUGCAGAAUGGUGAGAAGAGGAAAGUAACUGUAUGGUUAAUAGCUGUUGUAAAGCAGCUUGUUGAAGAGGCUGAAAAGACUACUGCCAAGGUUGGCCAAUAUGGUAGGCCUUUCCCAGCUGUUGAUGAUCAGAGCUCUGUUCAUUGGAAGCUCGGUGAAGAUGAACUGUCAUCAAUUUUGUAUUUGAUGGAUGUUUGUAAUGAAUUGAUUCCAGCAAUCAAGUUUCUUCUCUGGUUGUUGCCAAAGGUCCCUAGCAGCCCUGGUUUUAGCUUCCAUGGUGGUAGGAAUAUUCUGAUGCUUCCCAGGAAUGCAGAGAACCAUUCGUGCGAAGUAGGGGAGGCAUUUCUUUUAUCAUCUAUCCGAAGGUAUGAAAAUAUAAUUGUUGCAGCUGACCUUAUUCCUGAAACCCUGUCUGCCUCAAUGCAUCGGACAGUCAGUGUCAUGGCAUCUAAAGGCUGGGUUUCCAGUUCACCAGCCUUAGUUUAUGCUCGUUACCUCUUGAAGAAGUAUAGCAAUGUGGCUAGUGUUAUUGAAUGGGAAAAGACUUUCAAGUCUACUUGUGAUAAGAGACUUAGUUCUGAACUUGAAUCUGGCAGAUCUGUAGAAGGGGAUUACGGCUUUCCCCAUGGAGCCCCAGCUGGAGUGGAGGAUCUUGAUGAUUACUUCCGUCAAAAGAUAAAUGGAGUUAGAGUAUCCAGAGUUGGUUUGAGCAUGAAAGAUAUAGUGCAAAGACAUGUUGAUGAAGCUUUCAAUUAUAUUCAUGGCAAAGACAAAAAGCUUUUUGGGCCAGGAAUUAAUAAAAAUCAUAGCUUGGAAAAGCGCGAUGAUGGCUAUCAUAUAGCUCAAAAAAUAGUAAUUGGAUUGAUGGAAUGCAUGAGACAAACUGGCGGUGCUGCUCAGGAAGGUGAUCCUUCUUUGGUGUCUUCUGCUAUUGCUGCAAUUAUUAAUAAUCUUGGACUUGUUAUUGCAAAAAUUCCUGAUUUCACCACAGGCAACCAGUUAAAUAGCCCAUCCCCUUCUGGCCUAUUGCAAAUUGCUCGGCGCUUUUUACGCAUUCAUAUCAAUUGCCUAUGCAUAUUAAAGCAAGCACUUGGAGAACGUCACAGCCGUGUCUUUGAGGUCGCUUUUGCAACGGAAGCUUCUUCAGCUCUUAUGCAAGCUUCUGCCCCAGGAAAGGCUCCACGUAGUCAGUUUCACAUGUCUGCCGAUUCUCAUGAUUCUAGUGCAAAUUUACAGAAUGAUAUUUUAAACCAUUCCACCAAACCAGUUAUUGGAAGGCCUGCAAAGAUAACAGCAGCUGUUGCUGCACUUGUGAUUGGGGCAAUUCUUCAGGGAGUUGCUAGCCUGGACAGAAUGGUUACUCUCUUUAGAUUGAAGGAGGGGCUUGAUCUAAUUCAGUUUGCAAGGAGUUUGAAAUCUGCUGCAAAUGGAAAUGCACGUUCAUUGGGGGUUUUAAAGGUGGAUAAUUUAAUUGAAGUUUCUGUGACCUGGUUUAGGGUGCUUGUGGGAAAUUGCAGGACAAUCUCCGAUGGAUUCAUUGUGGAUCUCCUAGGUGAAGCUUCAAUUGUAGCUCUAUCUAGAAUGCAACGGUCACUAUCUUUGAGUUUGGUCUUUCCACCUGCUUAUUCCAUAUUUGCUUUUGUGAUAUGGAGGCCCUUCAUUCUUAAUGCUAGCAGUGGACAACGUGAAGAUAUCCAUCAAUUGUAUCAAUCCAUGGCAUUAGGCAUUGGUGAUGCCAUAAAGCACCUACCUUUUCGUGAAAUAUGUCUUAGGGACACUCAUGGCUUUUAUGAUCUUGUAGCCGCAGAUAUUCUUGAUUGUGAGUUUGCAUCGAUAGUAGAAUCUGGCACUUCAAACACCAAUUUGAAAGCCUCGGCAUUUGUCCCUCUCCGUGCUAGACUAUUUCUUGAUGCCCUCAUUGAUUGUAGAAUGCCACAGCCGAUGUUCAAGCAGGACGAUGGGAAUUGGACAUUUGGUCUUGGUGAGUCAAAAAGCCAACGUGCAGAGAAUGUGAAAAAGCUUCUGGAUAAGCUUGUACAUGUUCUAGAUACUUUGCAACCUGCUAGAUUUCAUUGGCAAUGGGUUGAGCUUAGACUUAUCCUAAAUGAACAGGCUAUCAUUGAAAAGAUGGAGAACCUUGAUACCUCCUUAAUUGAGGCUAUAAGAUCUCUCUCGCCAAAUCCUGAUAAUAUUUCUGAGAAUGAAAGCAACUUCAUUCAGAUUAUUCUCACCAGGUUAUUAGUUAGGCCUGAUGCUGCUCCUUUGUUCUCUGAGGCUGUAAAUCUCUUGGGGAGGUCUCUUGAGGAUUCAAUGCUGUUACAAGCAAAAUGGUUGCUCAGAGGGCAGGAUGUACUUUAUGGAAGGAAAUCUAUUCGGCAGAAGAUUAUGAAUAUUGCUGAGCCCAAAAAGCUGUGUCUGAAGGCCCAACACUGGAAGCCGUGGGGUUGGUGUCCUUCCAGUACCAGUCCAUUUGCCAACAAGGGUGAUAAAUUGAAAUCUGAAGCAGCUGCCCUUGAAGAAGGCGAGGUAGUUGAUGAAGGAAGUGACUUUGACCAUUCUCGGAAGGGAUCUGGUCAAGUUAUGGAUGUUGAGGGCUUCAUUGUCAGUCAGCAACAUGUGACAGAGAGAGCUCUUAUCGAACUAGUUCUUCCGUGUGUGGAACGUUGUUCCGAUGAAUCACGAAGUAAUUUCGCAAGUGAAAUGAUCAAGCAGGUAAUUAAUAUUGAGCAGCAGAUAAAUGCAGUUACUCGUGGAGCUGGUAAGCCAUCUGAAGCACCUGCUUCUGGGAUUGGAAGUCCUGCCACCAAUAGAAGUAACAGUCGCAAGGGUGGGAUAGGUAGCAGUCCUGGAUUACCCAAACAAUCAACUGUAUCGACUGAUACUGUGCCACCUUCUCCUGCAGCAUUGCGAGCCUCCAUCACUUUGCGAUUGCAGUUCCUACUGAGAUUACUCCCUAUUAUUUGUGCAGACAGGGAGACUUCAGGCCGUAAUAUGAGAUAUACUCUUGCUUCGGUGAUUUUUCGCCUCCUUGGAAGCUCUGUUGUGCAUGAAGAUGCCAAUCACGUUUUUAAUUCUACAUUGACUCUAUCGAAGAGAGAGAUGGAGUCUCUUGUGAGGACUUCUACAGCUUCUGAAAUUCCUUCCAUGGGAAGUCUUUUUGAUAGUCUAUUAUCAGUUUUCCAAGCACUGCUGAGCAACUUUCAACCAAGCUGGCUGAAGCUGAAAACCGAUUCCAAAUCCAAAGAAUAUGCUGUUUUUGAUCGUGAAGUAGCAGAACGCUUUCAGAAUGAUUUGAACAGUAUGGAAUUGCCCGAGACAAUUCGGUGGCGCAUCCAAACGGCGAUGCCAGUUCUUUUUCCCUCUCCCCGGUUGAUGAUUUCUUGCCAGCCUUCAUCAGUAUCACCUUCUGCCCUUGCUUAUCUUCAGCCCAUCAAUCCAAUAACUGCAUUAAACCCUAUCAAUUCGAAUCUCCCUCCGAGGAGUCCACCUCUACCAGUUCGCACAGGCUCAAAUGUGAAAACCAAGGCACUCCCCUUGCAGCAUGAAAUUGACGUGGAGAUAGAUCCAUGGACCCUUUUGGAGGAUGGAGCUGGGUCUGGUCAGCCUUCAGUUAACUCUGCUCUUGUUGGCAGCAGUGAUCAUGCUAAUCUGAAGGCGUCCAGCUGGCUCAAGGGAGCCAUAAGAGUGAGGAGGACAGAUCUCAUGUACAUUGGUGCAGUAGACGAGGAAAAUUGA